AAAGAAGCACACAAAGAAGAGCUCUCUCUCUCUUUCUCUCUCUCAAUCAUCGUCUUCUCUAAUCUCUCUCUCUCUCUCUUCUUAUCAGGCGUGGUCUCUGGCUUUUGAUUACAUACUCAAAACUCUCUCUCUCUUUCUCUAAAGCUUAACGAACACCCAUCAAAGCGCAUGUCUGCUUUGUUUUCUUUCUCUUGUUUUGUUCCCAAACAGUGAAAGAGAGAAAGAGAGAGAGUGUGAGAAGAAGUGAUAGAACAAAUCUAAGAGUCUCUGUCUCUUGAAUUUGUCCUUUUUACACAUAUAAUCAUCAAUAUUUUUUUUUUCUUUUCUGCUUUGGUGUUUUAUCAAACACCUAAGAAACACACUACAAUCUCUGUUGUUUUUCUCUUUCUCAGCUUUUGACACUCUCUGAUGGAAAACAAAUAAUUACCCAUCAUUUGAAAUCCAAAACCCAGUACUAUACACACUGUUUCUUUCCUCCAUUAUUAUUCUCUAUCUCAUUACUUUGGGCUAGCUAGUACUAUAAAUUGAAACCAAACAAUGGAGAGUUGGGAUAACAACUCUCAAAGACACCAUCAUCUUCACCACCACCGGCAUCGUCAUCGGAGAGAAAAUCCUUCUUUCUCUUCCACUCUUCUCGACACCAUUUACCGUUCUAUUGACGAAGGGAAAGGAAACGAAGAAGGAGAGCUGAUCUUGUACAGAGAGAGUAUGAGGAAAAAACAGAGUAGUAUUAGUAGUAGUACAACCACAACUUCCGGUAGUUUAAAGCAAGAAGAAGAAGGCAUGGACAACAGUCUCCGUCGAGCCUGCAUCAUCGAGAAAUGGAUGGAGAAGAAGGUCAGUCAUGAAAAAGUCGUCGUCCGCAGAAAUUCCGUGGAGGAUUUCAAUCUAAAAUCGACUAAACAUCAGCACAGAGAUAUUAUGCUUCUCAACUCAAGUUCAAGCUCUUCCGAGUCGAGUUGUGGAGGUGGGUUUUCAUCUUCCGAGUCAGAAUCGUUCCGUACUGGUUCAAAAUCGCGGUCCUCUUCUUCCUGUUACUCAAUUCAGAAGCCUAAGCCCAUUCGGACAAGUGUAUCGGCUCCCAAGUCUAAUCAGCCUCCUCUGUUCUACGACAGUCAUCAUCAAAAUCGUUACGACCAGUCAUAUAAUAUCGGUGGUUCAGCUCCAAAUUCGACUACACAAAAACCCAAGCACGAAAACGGGUUCGUCAAAACGAAAUCAAAAGCUCUAAAGAUCUACGGAGACUUAAAGAAAGUAAAGCAGCCAAUAUCCCCCGGCGGUCGGCUCGCGAGCUUUCUCAAUUCGCUUUUCACAACCGGUAACACAAAGAAAACCAAAAUUGAAGAAUUGGGUUCGCAAAGAAAAUCCAAAUCAACAAAUGGGUCUACAACGACGUGUUCUUCGGCUUCAUCUUUUUCGAGGUCUUGCCUGAGCAACACACCCUCAUCACGAGGAAAAUUCAGUAGCAGCAGCACCGGAGCAAAAAGGUCUGUAAGGUUUUGUCCGGUAAGCGUGAUCGUCGACGAGGAUUGUCGGCCUUGUGGACAUAAGAACUUGCAUGAAGAGCAAGAUUCAGCAACAUCAGCUCUAAUGGCGUUAGCCAGUAAUAAUGUCGAACAGGUUGGGUACUACGUUGUGGACGACGGUCAUCGUCGGGUUCAAGAAGUUGCGAUUGAUUUGCUAAAGAGUUACCAGAAGAAAAAUAGUAGUCUAAACGACGUCGUCGCUCUAAAAAACGACAAUAAAAACGAUGUCGUUGAGUUUGAUAUGAGAGAUGUCGUACACGGUAACGACGACAAUGAAGCGUUUGAAGACGAUGACGACGACGCUAGUUGUGCAAGCUCUGAUCUUUUUGAAUUGGAUAAUCUCUCGGCUAUUGGAAUCGAAAGGUAUCGUGAAGAGUUACCUGUUUAUGAAACUACCCAUUUCGGUACCAAUAGAGCCAUUGCAAAUGGUUUCAUUUUGUAAUUUCAACCAAAAAAAAAAAAAAGGAGAGUGGUGAAAAAUGGUAUAAACUUCAUAAUUAAUUAGUUUUUUUUUUUGUUCAAGUAAUGGUGUGGGGGUUUUACAUUUUAGUGAAUAACAUAUUUCUUUCUUUGUUAUUU